UUCGCGUGAUCGUGUCGUUCCGGUUGGUCAAGCUACGGGAAUGUGCUGGAUUGGAGGCUCGUACAAUUUACACUAACAUAAUAUGAGCUCCAGUGCCGUACGAGUGAAAAUAUUAUUUUUCGCUAAAUCCCGUGAGCUUGCAGGGCAAUCCAGCGCGGAGGACUUCCUGGUGCCGCACGCCGAAAUCAAGUGCUCCGAACUGCUGGAUCUGAUAUGUAAUCAGUUCAACCUGUCCAUCAUACGCAACAAUGUCAUACUAGCGCACAACGAGCAGUAUUGUGACGAUCUUGGCGAAACCAUCCGCAUACGCAACGGCGACGAGUUGGCCGUAAUACCACCUAUUUCGGGAGGAUAA